AAAAAAAAAUUAAUUAUUCAUCUGUAUUUUUUGUGGUUAUUUAUCUUCAAUCAUUUUAAACUAAUAAUAAUUUAGUAAACGCAAUUAAUUUUUUGAAGUUUAGAACUAUUGGAAAUGCAUUGAAAAUACAACAAUGUAUUUUUGAAUUAUUUGCUUUCUUCUAAAACAUGUAUUUGAAUGACUUUUUAAUUCAAGUGUUAUAACUGUAAAUAGUGAGAGUGAUAUAUAGUCUUUUAUUCAAUUAACUAUGAUUGUGUGGUUUGAUUGAACUUUGGUUAUUCCACCAUGAUCAGUUUAUAUAUCGUAGCGACCAUAAUAAGAGAGUGAUACACUGAUAGUAUUGUUAAUACAAGGAAGAAACAAUACUUCUAUGAGGAAAUAAAUCCAAAACUACACUAAAAGGUAGAUAUAUGGUAGUUUUUGAGGAUUAUAGACAAUUUAGUAGGAGUGUUAAUAAAAGUGAAAUUUAACAAUUUGAAGACUUUAUUAUUUUUAUAUAUAUAUUAGCUCUUAAAAAUUUGUGGGUUCUUCACCAAUAAUUCAUAGCUAUGUCCAUGCUUGGCACGAUACAUAUUUUGCAAUAUAUAUGUUUUUCUAGGGCACUCGCAAUAGAUAAGGGGUGCAUCAUGAAAUAUGGCAACAAAGCAUUUGUGUAAAACGAUAAAGUUAGAACCAAGGCUUGAUGCCGUUUGAAGAGGCUGUUUCCAUAUGUAGACGAAAUCAUCUUCUUGAGAAUAGGGUGUUGACUGUUUGAAGCAUCAGAAAGAGCGCGGUGGGGAGGCAAACUAGUAGCAAUACCGUAAUCACAGGCAAGGGCAGUAGCAUCAUCGUGAAAAGUGCGGUGGAGAUGGCAACAAGCAUGGCUUAUAUAUGGAGAAGAACAUAUACACGUUGUAGCCGAAUGCAUAUCUUGUAACCAGAUUUAUAACUUUAUAUAUAGCUUCAAGAUUUAUUCAUGCAACAUAAAAACAACUUAUAUGUACAUGAUAUUGGCAGAAUUAAUUUACACAUUAUAUAUGCAUAGGCAUAUUCAUUAAAAAAAUGACCUUCGAAAUUCUAUAAAUAGGAGAAACCACUUUAUCUUGAUUUGUAAGUUUUGGUAGCUGCCAAUAAAAUCUUUAAAUUCUGGUAAAAAUGGCACGUAGGAGCGUGUUUUUGCUGUUGUUGUAAUUAAACUAGUGCUAAAUCUUAGCCUUGAUGGUUUGUUAUCUGUGCUGUCUAAAAGUUAAAACCGCGUUUUAUAAUUAGCAAUCUUGUAAACAUUAGAGCAAAUAAGCAAAACAAAUUACUUCUUUUGGGAAUUUUGUAACUUUAUAAAUAACUUUUUCUUCUGUAGUCCUAACUUUCAUUACCCUAUAUAAAGUUUAUAAAGUUUCCAAGUGAUUGAAAACAAAAACUUUACAAAUCUUAUAUUACUUAUUGGGAUCAAAAGAAAAUGAAGAAAAUGACCAAAAAGUUGUCGUCUAAGUACGCGAAGCUCCACAAGAGCCGGCUCUGGCAAGAGGGGUCUAUGAAGUCGGAGGACGGUGGAGAGCUUUUCCAGGAAAAUCACUCGCCGGAAAAUGAGGAAAAUAAUGAAACGAAGGAGACACCUAAAGUUAAAAAGAUUAUGGAGUCCAUGCAUCGUAAGCUGAUGCUAAGAGAGAAAACAAAAAAGAAUAUCCACGUGGACGAUCAAGAACAAUCCCAAAGGUCUGAACGCUCGGUUAGCAAGGACGACCAGCUUGAAGGUUCGGUUAGGAACAUGAACCGUGGUGAUAAAGAUCAGCUUGAAGGUUCGGUUAGAAACGGACAUAUGGAUCAUCUUGAAGAUUUGAUUAGGGGUCGUGAUCGCAUGGACAAUGCUGAAGGUUCAAUUAAGAAAGGUGCUCGUGACCGUGUGGACCAGCUCGAAGGAUCUAGCAGAAACGGUCAGAAAUCUCAAUGUGAAGACGUUACUCCUAAAAGAAGCGGUGAAGUAGACCAAUCAGAAGAAUCAACUAAGAACCCUUCUGAUUUUACUUCUAAAAAGGAUUAUCUUGAUUGGAUUGAACAUGUUGAAGGUUCUAGUAAUCAUUGUUUCGAUCGAUCCGAAAAUCAUGAAAAGCCUUAUAGGAAGAACGACAUGGACCAUGAUCAGAUAAGCGUUGAAAUAUCGGAAGGAUCCAUAGAGGGGAAUAACGAUGAGAUCCUAUUACUCAAGAGCUCUAAGUAUAGAAAAAUGAAAUCUGAAGAUUCCAAAGGCUAUAAGAAAGGAAAAGGUAGUAAGGUCAAAGAUUCAUUGAGAAGUCAAAUGGUUGACUAA